AUGUCGACCAUCCAGCUACCGGACUCACUCAAUCUACCCUCUCACCUGAGCGCCCACAAAUACUUCUUUGUGUGCACCCUUACGGUGGCUGCUUGGGAUACUCUCGUCUUGUCCCCGCGCACUUGGAGGCUGUUCAGGUCAGAAGGAUGGCCCCUCCUCAAGAUCAUCUUCCAUUUCUUGAGGAUAUUUAUGCCCGUUGAAUUCACUGUCGUUGGCGUCGCGUUCUUUGAUACUCAAUGGACGCAGGAUAGAUGCCAGAAGUUCUAUCUAUUUGAACCGAUUUGCACAGCCAUUCUGCUCGCCGCCGCCUCUCUCGUUCACGUCACCCGGAUUUAUGCCAUCUACGACAAAAGCAGGACCGUGCUGUACGGAAUGGGCUCGUUGCUUGCUGCCCAGAUCGUUGUAACCGCCGUGUGUUGCGGCUUCUACAUGUCCGUUCCCCUCAAACCUGGUCAAGGAUGCAUCGCCGGUCCAAAGCACAACUGGGUCGGCAUCUACUGGCUUCUCCCCACUCUCCUUUACACCGUUUCGUUCGUUCUCGCGAUCAAACGUUCCAUUGACUCCCUCAGCGGCCCCCAGGGAAAACCUCUAACACCUUGGAAACUUAUGUUGCGAGAUGGGCUCAACCUUUAUGGGUCCGUGUGGGGUGUAAACAUGGUCACCACGCUGUUCUGGUUCAUCAUGAAACCAACUGGCCCGGAGGACCCCAUCAAGACCAUCAUCACAAGCAUGGCUGCCGUCUUGACAACCUCCAUGACACUCCGCAUCAUCUUGAACAUCAGGGGACCAUUGAGUAACGGAGGCACUUUCACGCCAACCUCGUCUUCCGCUGCCAACACCUCUUCGACUGCCUCCACCGCGCGCGGCGGUGCUAUCCGCUCCAAUAACUUCAACCCUACCAACCACACAUUGUCUCUUCAUCAGCUCUCUGUUGCUGGAAACCCGACUCACACUUACACCCUCGAUGUGCGGAACCCUAAACCGGAAACGGAGUGGAAUGAUUCUGAUGUGAAGGAAGUCAAGAGUGGCUUGGACUCGGGCGAACUUAACACAAGGCCAACUCCGUCGGACCAGGACCUUGCUGAGGGUGUCAAGAUCACCAUCGACAAGCAGGUUGGUUACGACACGCCAUAUGGAAGGAAGUAA